GCAACUUGAAAACAACUGUGUUGCAUUGAGGAAGCAGCUUCCUACUUGAGUCCUGUAGAAAUGCUCCUCGAACAGCUCCAGACUUGACUGCGGCAAAGCUAAACUUGGCCUAUGCAGAGCUUGUCCUCAGCGGCGUACUUACUGCACCGUAGUCUCGGCAUCAGAACGCCAAAGACUAGCGAUCUGCCAAGCUGGUGCAAUGUCGAGUCUGUCACUAUCCGCGACUUGGACACAGGAAACUUGAGUUUGAGGGAACUCGUACUUCUAGGUCCUCGUUUUGAUGACCCAAUGUGCCUCGUGGGUCUUGCACGCUGGUCUCAAGCUGUUAUUGAGAUUCCCCUUCAAUUCACCCCUACAGGUCUACGUCUUCAGGACCCGGAAGCAUUGGAAGACUAUGUGUUUGGCGAUCACAAGGACAGCAAAGUAGCUCGAGCAGCUAGUGACAUCCAUCUAGAUUUCCCCUCACGCGAAGAUAGCUGGUACAAGUUCGUUCGAUUCGUCGACGUCGAGGGCAUGAUGUGGACGAUAUCAGUCAUUGGGGAAUGGGACCUCAUGGAAGCACACUCUAUAGAGAGCUGGAAGGUUCAAGUCCAAGUCGUUCCAGCUUAUGCGCGUGGACGCACAAGACAAGCGAGCGCUCAAACUCGGGAGUUUGUAGUUCACGGCGAGUGCCCUCAGAUCUGCUAUGCGACGCGAGAUGGGGUGAUGCUUUUGCAUCAAGCGCGCUUGACGUUCAUUCGGCUUCGACCAUGGCCUCAUGUGCCUGAAUCGCUACCAGCUGGCUGCUGGCAAGUAGAGGACGACGCAGUCAAUGGCUAUUGCGGCUUGCCUACAAAGCACCUUGAGCUCGAUAUCCUGCUGGAAGAGUGGUUCGAGGAGGAUUAUGGAGAGAUUAACAUGAAGUUCUCUUUCGGCACCAAUCUCUUUCCAAAGUGGCGUGAGGCGUCCGACUCGAUGCAUGCCAAGUCCAGUGUGGCUCUGGAUUGGGACAGCGGUUGUGCCAUCGAGCUUGUACUCUGGAACAAAGAGAGACACAACCAUGUCAGACUUGUGAAAAUUUUUGUGGAUCCUUAUGCGGAUGGUCUGUCAUCUGCAGAUACAUGCUUACUGUCCACAAAGACUGCACCGGUACAGGCCAGGGCGCCGAAUUAUCCUAGCGAGACUCUUUUCCUCGGCGAUUUGGAUGAGUCGCUCGAAGAUAGACCAGCUCGUCCUUCCAAUAUUGCCGUGUGUGCAUGGGAUCAUUACAUGCGUAGGGCAGAUCAUACCAUACGCAAAACGCAUGCCUGUGUGGAAGAGGACGUGUGUGGACUCAAGUUGGAGUACUAUGGCCGCCAUGGUGUCCUCUUUUACGACAUGAUCCUGACUCCAGCGACGUUAGCAACGAUCAAGACGCAGCUGUGGUCUGUUGCUGCGAAGUAUUAGUGAGAGGAAUACAGCCAAUGUCCAGGUGCAUCAGGCGGCAAUUGGCGAGGUUCCAUCUGAAUGGUUCAGUGCGAAGGAAGCCAGGAUCAGCAUGAGAUCAGCGAGGAGAUUUGAUAAGAUUAGUGGAAUUCUGAGUAUAUGUAUAGACAUGUAUACUUGGCCUAGUCAAGAGGGCUCGCUGUAGCCUCCAGGCUUUGCAAUGAGGCUGUUUCGCU